GCGAGAGAGAGAGAGUAUGCUGCUCUUCGGCCAUGGUCGUAUGCAGUAUUGGGAGAGGGUAGCUAGGCGAGAGAGAUCUAGUUGAAUAGUUGUGGAGUGGGAAUUUAAUUACGACAAUUUUAUUAUAAAUUUUUAUUAAAAAAAAUUAUUUUUUUAAAUUGGGAAGAAACAACCUCGUCUAUGGUCGUAGGUUGUUUAUGUAGUUUAACAAGGGACAGCAAACAGUUGAAUGGUAGAGACAUUAUUAGUAAAAAAAAAAAUUAGUAUAUAGACAGCACAAGGGAAUAUCUAUAAUCUACUGCCUCCCCUUAUUUUGCCAUACUACUCAACUCACACAGAGAAUAGAUAGAUAAUAGUAGAGAGAGAAAGAGUUUGUAGAGAGAGAGAGAGAGAGUUCUUGUUUCUGCUUCUUGAUUAGACUGUAGUACUGAUUAGAAUUCUGAAGCAAAGAAAGAAGAGAGAGUAUUAUCGUGGUUUUUUGUUUCUGGUGUUGUGUGAUUAUUAUUAUUUUUUUUUUGUGGUGGUGGGGAGAAUGUGGGAUCUGAACGGUUCGCCGGAUCGGAGAAAGGACGAUGAAUCGGAGGGGUACUCCGACGAGAAGGGUAAACGGGUCGGAUCCGCUUCGAAUUCUAGCUCAUCUGCGGUGGUUGUAGAGGACGGCUCCGACGAUGAGGAAGAUUUGGAGAAAAUCGGUGGCCGGAAGCGGAGCAGCCGGAUAUUUGGAUUCUCGGUGCACGACGGCGGCGACGACGACGACGACCGUGCUCCGGGGUUGUCGCCGGUGACGCAUCAGUUCUUCCCGGUGGAAGGGCCGGAAAUGGCGGGCGGCGGCGGAGGACCCGCCGAUUUCCCCAGGGCUCACUGGGUCGGUGUUAAAUUCUGCCAGUCGUCCGAACCCCUCGGCGGCGGAGCUAGCUCCGUUGCCGGGAAGUCGUCGGCGGCCGCGGCGGAGGUAGGGCAGCCUCUCAAGAAGAGCCGCCGCGGCCCCAGGUCCCGGAGCUCCCAGUACCGCGGCGUCACGUUCUACCGCAGAACCGGCCGUUGGGAGUCUCACAUAUGGGAUUGCGGCAAGCAAGUCUACUUAGGUGGAUUCGAUACAGCCCACGCCGCCGCCCGUGCAUACGAUAGGGCAGCAAUUAAAUUCCGAGGAGUGGAAGCAGACAUAAACUUCACUCUAGAAGAUUACGAAGACGACUUAAAACAGAUGGGAAAUCUAACGAAGGAGGAAUUUGUGCAUGUACUAAGGAGACAAAGCACUGGUUUUCCAAGAGGAAGUUCUAAGUACAGAGGUGUCACUUUGCACAAAUGUGGUCGAUGGGAAGCCCGAAUGGGCCAAUUUUUAGGCAAAAAGUACGUUUAUUUGGGUCUCUUUGAUACUGAAAUUGAAGCUGCAAGGUCUUAUGAUAAAGCAGCAAUAAAAUGUAAUGGAAAGGAAGCUGUUACUAAUUUUGAUCCAACCAUUUAUGAAGAUGAACUCAAAGCAGCAGAGUCUUCAAACAAUAAUGCAACGGAUGAUCACAAUCUGGACCUAAGUCUGGGAAAUUCAGCUUCGCCACAAAUCAACGAGACCGGUUUUAAUCGAGACCACAAUUCUUUCUCGACGCAAUUCGAAUCGGAUUGGAGACGCCAUGGAUUAAGGCCUGAGCAAAAUUUAAUUAAAAACCCUGAAAGAAAAGAUGGAUAUAUGGAAACAGAAACAUUGCAGCUGCUAAGCCAAGCACAAAUUCAUUCUCCUGUGCAACAAAGAUUUGGUCAAUUAAACAGACCUUUUGUUGGCUCCCAAAUUUACCAAGUUCAACAACAGCAGCAACAACAACAACAGCAAUGGCAAAUGAAUCACAACCGUCAAAACCAAGGUCAUCAAUUGUUUGCUAGUGCUGCAGCAUCAUCAGGAUUCCAACAGGGCGCGUCGCAGACGAUCACACCCCAAAACUGGUUGCACAAAAACGGGAUCCACCCUCUCAUCAGACCCUCUUAAUUAAUUAAUUAACCUAAUUAUUAAUAAUCCCACUCGUUAAUCUUUAUUUUUUAUCUUCUGCUGUCAAUUUUUAUUCUUUGUUUUUCCUGUUUUGCCCAUCAGAGAAUGAAAAAGAAGAUCUUCGUUUC